AUGGGCGAUGCUGCGUCGCUCGAUAAUAAUCGCCACCCAAUCAUAAAACAUUUCUGCACCCACGUCCCCGAGUCUGGAAAUGCCACGAAAGUCGCCAACAGCGCGGUGGGAGUGGCGACGGCGAGGCUGAGCAAGGCCGCGGGCGAAGGAAAGAACUCCACAUGCUCCUACUACGGAAACUACAACGCUAACCUUUACUUCGGCAAGGGGCUCACCGCGAAGCUUCCUGACGCGCUCUUCGGCAAGCGCUGCGGCGCGUGCUUCAAGGUGAUCUGCACCAACGACACGAAGCGCUGCCGCAGCGGCAAGGCCACCGUCACCGUCCGCGUCAUCGGCGCGACUUCGGCGACGGAGAAGCAGAUUUCGCUCUCCGCCGUCUCAUGGGCGAAAAUUGUUCAGGGUUCCGACGCCGCCCCUGUUAACGUCACGUACAAGCGCACCAACUGCAUUUCCACCGCCGGAUCCGCGGUGCGCGUGCGCAGCAACUCUACCGCGGAGCAUUUCAACAUCCACAUUGUGGGCCUUGCCGGCCCCGGCACGCUUAUCGAGGUCGAGCUUAGCGCGGACGGCAAGAAGUGGGUGAAGAUGACCCGCGACGAGAACAGGGCGAUCUGGGGGAUCAAGGGCGCGGAGGCGAAGGAGGUUGUGGGCGCGAAGAAGGCGAUGAGCGUUCGCCUGACUGCGGGACACACCCACGAGAAGAUCACCCUCAAGAAUGUCAUUCCCGCCGCAUGGAAGGCUCAGACGAUCUACUCGUCCAAAACCAACUUCAAGAAGCUCAUGCCUGAGGCCAAGUAG